AUGUGCGUUGGCGAGAAUUGUGCGCCCCAGGCGACUCGUUAUAUACAGGCACAAUUAUUGGCCCUAUACGAAAACGCGCAAGACUGUAUCGAGUUACACCAAGAUGCGAAUGUACAAGAGCUGGAUUACAGGCUAUCUCAUUCCCUUGUCGAGUACCAACAAAGCCGGCCUCUAGCUCGACAGGAUACGACGUCUAGAGCAGUAUUCGAAGCUACAUUCGAUCCGCCCGAGAUUCGGUUCAUUUGCGACCACGACGCAUGCUUUCGUGUCAAGAUAAGCGAAGGUAGUUACUCACCCGGUAGCGCCGGACCCGGCAGGACACCACUUGAGAACCUACCGAUCAACGACCUACAGAUUGAGUUCCGGGUCAACUACGAUAUUCGCGAUCUCAGCGGAGUAGACUCCAGGAUUGGUACUGGGAAAAUGCGGCUCUUGAUCCUUGAUUUCUCUAAUGCCAAACUCAUGUCAAUGGCGCCUUCGAUAUCCAUGGGCAAGGAUACACUCCUGUCCUACCUCGUCAAGUACCUUGAGUUUCUCCAAAGUGCUGGUCGUCAUGUGUUCUUCUCACUGCCCGAAUUUACCGCCCGCCCCUCACUCACAAUCAAUCACUCUGCCAUGUCCAGCAGUUCCCCUGACGUCCAGGAGCUGCAGCAUGUCCCGAUCGAGACGAUCAACACACAGCUUGCGCUUAACUGGCUGAAGGCUGCCAUGGAUUCUAUCGAACCUGCGGGUCGAGCCGUGGACUGGCCCGUCAUCAACAUGGCAGAAUUUCGUGGUUUCUGGUCCCCCGACGAGUCACUGAGUUCCGAGGCGCAAUUUCAAAUUAGGUUUGGUGCUCCUCGCAUCAUGGGAGUGUGCUCUCAAGAGGCCAUACUGUGCUUCUCUCUCGAUGAGGUAUCGUUUUACGAAGGCAAAGACGAUAUUCUUGACCAGACCCCAUCCCGGAGCUACUCGAAAUGGGAGGUUGCGUUCCUCGUUAAAAUCACGCGAGUAGAUGAGACCGAGGGGGGAGCUUACCGUUGCGUAAUCAAUCUUAAUGAUACCCAAAUUCGAGAUGAUCUCUCCAAGUUCGAGGGAUUGGCAGGCGAUGACGACAUGGGAAACGCUUACUGCGAUCUCCUUCUGCAAGCCAUCGAGGAGGAGUAUCUGCGCGCUCUGGCGGUUGAUUCUCAGCUUAUCAUCUAUGAUUCUCGAUGGUCGACCUCAGCGUGGACGUCCCUCGAGGAUUCUCUCGACAAUGACGAGGAUGUGUCCUCAUGGCACCUCGACUCAUCUGAUACGGGAGCGAUCAGCAACAGACUGCAACUCUGGCGACAGACUAUCAAAAAAUCUGACAUGGGCACAUUCGACCAAAUCAUUGCCAUAUCGCAGUCGUCCCUGAAUAUCCACUUCAACAAACUCCACGCAUCCGCACUUCCAAGGUCUCUCACAUAUCCAUUGGCCAAUUGGACGUCCGACCAAACCUUCACCGCAACAUUCCAGCCGAUCAAUGUUCGCCUCCUCAGUGAAGAUCGUGCGAUCAUCUGGAUACACCUUACGAAGGGACAAAUCAAGCUCUUAACGAAAGAUCCCUCGGUGACGGAGGAGAGACAUCAAUUCGAAGACUGGCGGCUCGCAUUCGAAGUCACAAUCAAGAUAGCCUCUCACGUUGACAUAUUGGGCAACGACCAACCUCCACGCUGGACACAAGAACCCUUCCCCUGCAAGCAGCAUGUAGGCAAAGAUGAUCGUUAUUUGCGCCAUAUCUAUCUCGACUUCCGAAAUGCCGAGUUCAUACACGAAUACUCGCGUUUCGACGAUUUGUUGCAUACGCAAAGCUCACGUCCGAUAGAGAAGCUCCGUGCGAUGGUCUAUUACCUCCGCACCCAAUACUUCCCCGCUCUCAUGGACCGUGGCGUGCACAUUCUGCACACUGUGCCGGUUUGGACAUCUGAGAAAGACUGCCCAACAUACGCGUUCACCGAUGUAGCGUUCCACAUCUACUCCAGUGCCACCAUCAGCCGCCAAUCUCUGACGAGUGUCACGGACAUUUCAGAGCCUGCCAUCAUCGUCCUCGGCAUGACCAAUUUCCACCGUAUGCUGCAUCGUCGCCUCGCCUACUCCGCGGACUGGGUCAUCAGGGCGAACAAAGGAGCUACAUACGGGACGCUCGCGCUGUCUCGGGAGGUCUUCUUGGAACGAGCGAUUCUUAAAAGUUUGUCUGGUAUCAACGCGAUGACGACAGUCAUUCCUUUGGUGUCGCCUGUCGACGAGAAUGGGACGUGGAGCCCCCGCCUCUCUACCUGGGCGCUGGACGAGCAGCACAAGAGCCAGGAGUGCCGGUGGAUCUCGCAGACACCGGACGCAGAUGGACGGCUCAAGUACGAGUGGAAUCACCAUGUCGACUUCAAGUACGAACACAAGGGCAGUGGUGUCGUUAUGGGCGCACACGCUGUAGCGUGCACAACGAACAAUCGUUUGCAGCUCCCCCCUGCGACACGGAGCGGCAGAUUUGAGAUCAAGAUCAGCGGCAAGGUCUUGCUUAACGUUUCUUUCGCAUCUGAAAAUCAGAAGGCUAGUGCUAAGUUUUCCGCUGAAUGGUCCGCCUCGUUAGUUCUUCAGACCGAUACCUCCGGAAUCAAGGCUAGCCUCCAAGGGUCCCCGUCACCGACUUUUGAUGGUGUGUGUUUCGAAGGCGAAGCAGAAGAACUAUUGUCCUCCGAUCUCGAAAGUCAACUCAGGGCACUCUUCCCGGAUACUAUCAGCCUUGACGAUGUGCUAGAUGAACUCAAGCAAUUCGAGGGAAUCUGGCAGACCGCCUACCCGGGCAUGAAAGCUCACUGCCUCGUUAACCCCAUUUUCAACUCACAUGGAGACUUGCUUUUCGAGUUACAACCCCACGCUAUAUUGCAGGCUCAAUCCAUUCCUGGUCCUGCUAGACCUUCAGGCGGAAACAGGCCUCGACGUCGGUGGAAUGAUGGAACCGCAGCUAAUAGAGGCACCACUGACUCCUCGCGGGUCCGUCAUGAAUGA